GUGUGCGCGCUCCUGCUGCGCUGCUGCCGCACAGCAACCAGGUGGAGAGAUGAAGCCCAUCUCCAUCACGGGCCGAAGAUGGAGAGAAGACGGCGAAUGAUGGAGGAUCACCCCAGCGAGACGGAAUAGAGCAGACCCGCAGCUAUGAGCUCCUCCUUCCCCAAAUCUGAAUCCACGACCUCCUUGUUGAAAUCGUCGGCGGCGGCGAGGAGACCGACACACCUCCCUCAUGAGCGCACAGCAGAGAGCCGGAGAAGUCAACACCCGCAGCAUCAGCAUCAGCAUCACCACCGUCCCGCCGCCGCGCUCCGGAGCACCGGCAGCAAAGCCGAGGAGUCCUUCUGGUCGGCCGAGUGCGACGUCAGCGCCCGGAGACCCCUGUGCCACCCCUCCCUCGUCGGCAGCCGGGACAGUAGUGAUCACGCAGCCACUCGGGACAAGUGCAAGUCUCAUGCCCCGACCCACGGCCAAGUUCCCGACCCGCCGAACAGCGGCGAGGCGGGCCGAGGUGUGAGGGAGCGCUGCAGGUCCUCCAAACCCACACACCGGCACCACCACCGCAGGAAGCACACCCAGGAAGACCGUCCCCCGGCGGCAGGGGCACCCGAGCCCGAGCAUGCCCAUCGCUGCCCCACUCAUAGCAGCCCGGUCCCCAGGGUGCCCUCGCUGUCGGACAGCAACGACGACAGGGCGCCUCUCUGUGAGCCGAGGGACCGUCGGCGAGCCGGUUCGGCCAACAGUGCAGGAGGCCAGGUCCCCAGUCCCUCCCCGUCCUCGUGCUCCCUGGUCCCGCUGUCCAGCAGUUCAUCCCGUCGCUCCCGGAGGUCCAGUGCCGCUUCUUCUGCAUCCGAUGUCCAUUUACGCACGGUCCUCAAUUCACUCUUUGGCCAGGACAGAGAGCUGCGGCCAGAGGAAAUGGAUGAGUUGCGCGAUGCUUUCAAAGAGUUCGACAAGGACAAAGAUGGUUUCAUCAGCUGCAAAGACCUGGGAAACUGUAUGAGAACCAUGGGAUACAUGCCCACUGAGAUGGAGCUGAUUGAGCUGAGCCAACAAAUCAACAUGAACUUGGGAGGUCAUGUUGAUUUUGAGGAUUUCGUAGAAUUGAUGGGUCCAAAGCUCCUCGCUGAAACGGCUGACAUGAUUGGAAUAAAGGAGCUGAAAGAUGCAUUCAGAGAGUUUGACACUAAUGGAGAUGGUGCCAUAAGCACAUCCGAGCUCCGAGAUGCAAUGAGAAAGCUGUUGGGUCAACAGGUGGGUCUAAAGGAAGUAGAAGAUAUCCUGCGGGAUGUUGACUUAAAUGGUGACGGGCUUGUUGACUUUGAAGAGUUUGUACGCAUGAUGUCUCGCUGAGAUC